GGGAAUACAACAGCUUCCACCUCCAGCUCCUCGCUGCGCUGGGGAAGGGAGAAGGGCUCUUGCUCCCCAGCCAAGUGAGAAGGAAAAGCCCGCCACCUUCUUGCCAUGUGUAAGUCCGGAGAGGGGCUUGCGGAAGCAGAGAGAGAGAAAGAGCGAGCGAGCGAGAGAAAAGUUUCUUGCCACCCUUGCCGGCGGGGCGCAGACCGGGGAGACGGCAACUGCUCCUCCCGUCGCUGCGGCCCUUCUGGCAGGCUUGCCGGAGAGCCGCGUGGACGAGGCCUGCCUGCAACCUGAGCCGCGCAGCCGGAGAGCCUUCUGCCUGCCAGAGAAGAAGCAGGACGUGCCCGUCAGAGCUCGCAGGGGCGGAGCUGGCAGCGGCCGCUCGAAGAAGUUUCCAAACAUCGCCAGGCCGGGUUUCCUCCCCGCUUGUCGCCAUUAUGUCAGAUCAGACUUAUUGUGAUCGUUUGAGGAAGGACAUGGCUUUUCUAAUGAGCAACGGCAGGCUGAAUGAGCAGCUGGUUGACAAAAUUAUCCUACAGCUCAACAGAGUUUACCCUCAAAUUCUCACCAAUAAAGAAGCAGAAAAGUUUCGAAAUCCCAAAGCUUCUCUUCAUAGUCGGCUGUCAAAUCUUAUAGCCCACUUGCAGAAGGAAGGUGACAAACCAUGUCAAGAAUUUUACCGUGCUUUGCAGAUCAAUGCUGAACAGCUGUAUAACAACUUGCCAAGCAGGAGAAUUCUAAAAACCUCAGAUUCCACAGGGAUAAACCCUGAGAAGGAGAAAUGUAUUCUAAAUGACAGGGGUCCUACUUUCUUUCUUGCCUGCUUCAGUGUUGCUGCAGGAUUAGCUUUCUUCAUGUAUUGCUGUAACUCAGAUUCAAAAGUCCUAGGAGGAGCCAAGAAGGUACUGGGAUUUUCUCCAAUCAUCAUAGGACAACAUGUUAGGAAUAUUUGUCUAUUAUACAUGGAAGACUCAUCACGGAAACAAUAAGAAUAAACUGGCUCUGCAGUCCAGCACCAAACGUUCCUGCCAAUGGAGGGGCUGUAUUGCAAAAAGAUAUGCUAUUUUCUUAUACCAAAGAUACAACUAACCUGUGGCUUUAGCAGUAUAUAUUUGCUGUUUCCAAGGGCUUUCGAAAGGUCAGCUAUAUAUGCCUUUUACUUGUGGGAGCGGAUCAUUUUAUUUUUGUACAAGCUUAUUUUAAACUAUUUAUCAUUUGUAUGAUUGUAUGAUUUUUAAUACAAGCCUUUUAACGUGCACCCCAAGUCGUUGGAAAGUCUUAAAAGUUUGUAUUUGAUUCUGGCCUAGAGACACACACAAAAGAUGGUUCCCUCUCCAGCAUGGGCAUAAAUGUUUUCCCCUCCUCUCUCUCUCUGUGUAUGUGUGUGUGUUGGGAGAUCUUUAUCCAGACAAUUAUGAACUCCACAUAGAAACCCUCCUGAGCUUCCCAGCUUGACAGAGAGGAAACAGAAGGAUUCCACUUAAUAUCAUUGUAAACUUUGUGUUACUGCUAAUGGAAGUUUCUGCAGAAGACAUGCUUGGUGCAUCCACCAAUCUAUUAGCAACAGUGGGGUACCCUGUGUGCAAAUAUCUAACACAUUUGGCUUCAGAUGAGGGAACUUUUUUUAAAUUACUGAUUUAUGAGCAACACUUGAAACAAAUUAACCCAAGGCUUUAUUAAGACACAGAGUGUAUCUUUUUUUUACUUUUAAAUGUCAGACUAUGUGUUCUUUUUGUUCUUUUUAUACAAGAAUGCAAAACGACACAAAACACCCUGUCUUCUUUUUGUGCUAGUCCAUCUAUGCAAGGUUUACUGUCCUCUCUUAUGCCAGAUUCCGGAGACCCCAUUCAAGUGUGUAGGAAGGAAUUAUCAAGGUCCAAAAUCCUAGCUUGUCCAUACAUUCAAGUUUAAAUUGUUUUUGUACCUCAUGAUACCUAUAACAGUAUUACUAAUGUAAGACCAAAAAAUAAGCCAACCCCCCACCUCCCCACCCUUCCUUUAGAUGUAGGGGGCAGACACAAUGAAUUUGUGCUUCUGGAAUAUGUACAUCUUAUAUAGGCUCAUGUACUUGUUUAUAAAAAUAUAUAGCCACUCAUAUAAACCACUGAGCUGGCCAGUAAUAGAGUUCUGAAGCGCCCACAUGCAAAUAUUCUCUUUCUUCUUGAAUGAUCCCUGCAAGGUUCCACCUCUCUGAGUGGGCUUCUAAUAAUUAUUUUGGUUUAACUCUCGGAGGAUAGCUAGGUCUGAUAAGGCAAAAACAGCAAGGAGUCUUGUGGUACAUUAACUGAUUUAUUUUGGCAUAAGCUUUUUGACUGGACAAAGAAGACUCUAAAUCCAUGGAGGUUUGUGGCAUAAUUUGUUAAUCCCUAAUGUGCCACUGGACUCUUCAUUGGUUUCCUUUGGUUUAUCACCUAAAGCUCCGAUUCUGACAUAAUGCCAAACUGUGUUUUAGUGUUACAUGCACAUGUUUAGGGUGGUGCACUUCCUCCCUGCCCUCUCUUCCUCUGACAUGGCUGUGAGGAGAUCAGAAGCUUUUGCUUUUGUUUUCAGUUAACCACAGUUUGUCAUUACAUACAAACUGUAAACUGUGGUUAAUCUUAACUACUGUUUAGAUAAAUAAGAUAAUUUCAUAAACAACAGUUUGAAGUUGGCUUGUUUCAAUAAACUAUAAUUAAGAAUGGAAGUGAAAGCUUCCAAUCUCAUCUUGGCUGUGGUGGAGAAGGAGCAGGGAGCUAAUGAAUCUGAGGCUCAUUAAUGUAGUGACUGAGAUAAUAAAAUGUAGGAAGUUGAAGAAUGGCCAUCAUAAGCUCUGUGGCUAUGAGCGUAGGCUUUUCAUGCUAUCUUAUAAAGUAAUUCAAAACACAAUACAUAGGUACCAAGAACAUUCUACCUAUUUAGUUUGACUUUGGUUUGCCAAAAAGUUAUGUUUCAUUAACAUGAUUAAGAUUAGGGGUGUGUUUGUGGGUGGGUGUGUCCUCACUUGAGCUGGUUUAUCUCAUUUGAUAUUCACUGAUGUGUAGCUUGAACAGGCACAUUGACUUUUGCUUAUAGUUAUCGUCUCUUUUCAGGGACCUUACAGAGAUAUUAAACUUUAAGGUAUCACUGUCACCUGAAGAGACUGAUUUUAAAACAGCUGAGACCACCCAGCUGCAACUUCAUCAACAUGCAUUUCCAAAAAUCACCACAAGAUGGGGAGAGAGCACCACAAUUUGUGUGAGAAUUACUUUUCAUUAAGCAACACAGUUGUUGCACAUGUUGCACAGAAAACUAGUGUAGUCAUUUUAGAUUAUGAAUUUGGUCUUACUCCUAGCUUGACUAUUAGAAGGGAAUAUCAAUGAAAAAUGCACCCCUGUUAAACUAGAAGGAGAGUUCUGUUAGCAGAACUCUGAUCAUGGGAUGUUCUCGCCAGUGGAACCUAGGGAGCUAAGUCAGGGGAUUUAUUUAGAAAUGAAAUGUUGUUUAUCUGUGUUUCAGGGCAUGCUAUAAUGGAGGCUGUGAAUGUGAUAGGGCACUGUGCACUUAAGAAUUUUUAGAAGUCUUGGGCAGCAUCAAAGUUUUCUUUCAAGAUCACAGUUAAGGACAAAUAAGUCAGGUUUAAGCUUUUUGUCCAGUGAUGGUUGAACAUAGCUUUAAAGUGUUGCACUAGUUAUGUGACCAGUACAUGAAAAGUAAACAACUCACACCUUCACGACGGAAGCAUCUGAAAAGAGAAAUUGCACUUUUCUUGUCUAAGCAAUAUUGAGGAGACAUCAGAGCAGGUGGAAUUUGAUGCUAGGUGUCAUUUCACCCAAACAUAAAUGAAAUGAAAUGAAUUUCGUUUCCUCUGACCUCACUGCUCGCAAGUCGUCUCCCCCCAUCCCUGUCCCAACUAUGUGUAUCCUCAGGUAACUCAGGAUAAGACUUUGUGCAUCUGAUGAAGUAGAUUGUAUCCUAUGAAAUUAUCCUAUGAAAGCUUAUGUGAUAAUAAAGUUGUUUGUCUUUAAGGUCUCACAAGACAUCACAUCCAGAAUCUCUGGUUUAGGAUUGGCCCAAACCUUUGGAUGCUGCUUCACAGUGGUAAACCAUGCGAUCAGCCUGCUGUACAGUUCAGGAUCCUGAUAGCAGUUGUACCACCUGAACUCUUCCAUAGUUCACCUAUAUCAAUCUCAGAAUAUUAACUGUGGAGUUGGAAGGCUAUCCCAAAAUGUUGCUCUGCCAUAAGGUUUUGCUAUCUCUUCAGCAUAUUUUUUUUAGAAAGAAAGGCAUUCCAAAAAUGAUACAUACUUCAGAUACAUGCAUGCAUUGUUCCAAAUUUCAGUUCAUAUAGAGCAUCUGCUUAAUUUUUUUCCCCAUUGACAUAGUUAAUAUGUUCAAUCAUGGCAAUAAUAUCAGAAUGCCUCCUCAUGAUGAAACUACCUGGGACUUGAACACUGCAGAGAGAUGGGUGGAAAUUCAGUAGCCGCAGAAGGGAUAUGUAAAGCUAGAUCUAAAAAGUAGCUGGCUGGCUGGUAUGUAAAAUUUAAUAACAGGAAACUAAAUAUAUACUAUUAGGCAACACACAAAAAUAUAUUGCAAAAAAAAAUCAUAACUUUUAAUGGCAUGAUACAAAAAAAGACAGAAAAUGCUCAUCCAUUUCCCCCCGGAUCUUUUCCAUUCCCCAUAAAGCAAUCCCAGGAACUAUUAGGAAACAACAGUGAAGUCGUACUUGGGGCCGGAGGUAACCAGUGUGGUGCCCUCCAUAUGUUUUAGACUGCAACUUCCUCAGCCGAUGCUAGGGUGAUGACAGUUAUAGUCUGUAACUUCUGGAAGGCACCAUGUUGGCUAUCCCUGCUUUACAUCAAAGAGAUCCACAUGCGUGUAUAAAUAAUAAUAUUUUUCAAUGUCUUUUCAGUUUGAAAUAAAUUUACUCAAGGACAAAAGGAAACUCAGCUUCCUUUUAUUGCAUGGAAGUCAAGACAGAUUUUCAGUGUUGCAUGUUUAGGACAAGCCAUGUAAAUGAGAGUCUUGGAAUGUACUAUGUUUUGUCAUAGCUGUGCAUUAAUACUGAUAUUGACAAAAGCUGUCUUAAUUUACUCCAUCCACUGACAAAAGAAAAUACCUCUUUGAGGAAUAGAGCACAGAGUCCUUGACAUUUAGACCCAACCCCUAGGCCCGUUAGGCUUAUGACUUCAUAUUAGUGUCGGAAUACAGGAAGGAUUACAAAAUUCUAACAUACAAAUAGUAACUUACUCCAGUGCCUUUCUGUAUCUAAUCCAUUUUUUCGGCAUAGUCCCCUGGUUUCUAUACAGCUAAUGCUUUUUAAUAUAUAUAGAUAGAAAGAUAUAGGCGAACAAUACAAUAGAGAUAGCCAUGGUUUUAUUAACUGAGUCUCUCGCCUUGAUGUUCUUAAUUUUGAGAUGUGAUCACUGAUCACUAUAGCCUUAUUAACACUCCAAUAUAAAAUAUUUGUGCUAAUGUUCCAAACAGCAAUAUUGGCAUAACAUCAUAUCGUGUGAUAAUUUAACUCAUUUGCUGGUGUGUGUUUCAUUUGUGUACUUUAUUUCAAUAAAGUAAAUGGUUCUUCCCCUCCCCCCUCUUCCUAAGUGACUUGACCUCAAAAAAUGUCAUAGAAGGUGGUGGUGGAGCAGGGAUCAUUUACCACCUUGUGAUGAAAAAUGACUGAAGUGCAGUUGACCAAAACCAUACAAUACAAUAAAAUCCUUCAGCUGAUACCACUGACCUUGCAUGGGGAGAUAGUAGGUGGCCAUAUGUGCUACAUAAUAGAGGACGAUCCUCUGUUUGGUGGGCUAUCCAGUCCAAUACUUGUUUAAAGAUCAAGAACCCUAUUUAUCUUGUUUAAAGAUCAAGAAGGAAAUGCUGCUGAAGUUGCCUAUCAAGUUUCUACCUGGACAAGAUACUGAGUAGGCACACAGGUCACCUAGUUUCAGUCUUCAGUACAGAGAUGUAUUUCUCUACACAAAUUAUUUUCAAAUGUGUAUCUAGUCCCAAAAAUUGGCAUAUGGACAAUUUGGUGAUGCAUAUUCUCUUGUUUUGCAGUGAGCAAGUAGCCCCUCUAGGAGGUAGGGAGAAAUUUCUUUUCCCUUGUCUGCCUAUUGUACAGAGAUUGCUGCAGGAUUCUGCACGGUUUGUGUUGAAUGUACUUCUGGAAUCCAACUAUUCUCUGCUUUCAAAGAUGAAGCCCAGUAGAAUGGUUGCCCAGCAGUGUUUGCCAGUUCUGUACUUAUGGCACAAUUUUGGGGUCUUACAUAUUCCUGUUGGAGUAGUACUUCCACUGACGUGUUUGUGUGUAGGAGGGGGGGGGACAGGAUCCUAACCAAUCUAUUUUGUGUAUUGCAUUGUCACUGGUUGAAUUUUAAUUAUGAAAUAAGAUCUGUAAGGAUGCCAGCAGUGCUCUAUUUAAAAUGCUAUGUGUUGCUAUUAAUGUAACAAACUGCCUCAAAAUUCUUUAGUGCUCAACUGUUUUUCUGAUUGACCGAUUUCCAAAGGAAAAGUAUCCUAAUUUCUAACCAAAUCCUUUAGAGGACAAUCUAGAGCUGCAGAAGAUGAAUUCACACAACCAAAUUGGUGCAUUAAAAUUGUGGGUUGUGUAGAUCUAAGAAAACCUUAAUGCAUGCUGAUGUGAUUGCGUGUAAUUCUUUACCUACUUAUGACUCCACUCAUAUUUGCCACUUUGCCAUAAAGGUGCUCAAAGUGGACUGGAAGCAGGUGUGGAAAAUAUGGCUCGACUUGCUGCAUAACUGAAUCAAUCAUAUGCCAGACUCUCCAUUGUUCUUAGACAUUUUCUGACCAGCCCUGCCUGAACCUCCCCAAGGAUGCAGUCAACUGACAUUCUCAGCACAUAAUACUGGUUGUAUAUACUGACUUGGAGAAGGUCAUAUGAAUAGAUGGUUUGGUUAGAUGAACAUCCAAAGGGAAUAAUGCUUAAAUGGCAGAUCUGCAAAUGGAUUUGCACGAAUUCAGUUUAAAUAAGGGCAUUACACUGAUCUAAAAUAUGUUUUAUUAUCAAGAAAUAUGCUAACAGUGAAGAUAGUUGUAAACACAGUAAAUUCUCCAGUUGCUCUGCAAGGAUUCCUUUGCAACAAAAUGAUAGAUGCACAUACCAGCAUAUCAAAUGCUGGCACAGCCUUCAUAUUUGAUCCUCUCUUUUUCUCCACCUAGACUAUGCACUUUGUAUUUUAAAAAGUACCACAUAACAGUUUGUGUAUUUAUAUGUUCAUGCAUCCAUUUAUUAAUAAAAAGGGGGAUUUUUUUAAAGUGACAAACCAUUCCAGUUCCAGGGAUUGGGAGUGUUUGUGGUGGCAUGAAGGGUGCCAUCCAUUCCUCUCCCCACCCCAAGAGCUUGACUCUAAAGAGGAUCCGGUAUCGUUGAUGUAGUUUAUGGGGCAACCUCACUGCUUUGAAAAUGGUGUGAGCAUCUUCACCCUCAGAUUCAUAUUCACUCAGGAAUCUACUGUAAUCUCUGCAGUAUUUGACUUGAUUUUGGGCUCAGGUUCCACUUCUUACAAUGAAUCCUAGGGUUAUGUCUUGUUUUUUUAAAAAAACAAGAAACCUUAAAUGUAAGUAUCACUUAUAAAGCUUUUUUGGUCUGUGUAUGCAAAUUUCAAAACAAGCAAACUAUCAAAGUAUUUAACACUGGGAAUAUUUAUUUCUGAUAUGACGUUCUUAAGUGUAUGGAAAGUAUGAGUAAAGGAAAACAAAAACCAAGCUUGUGUAAUGUACACUAUAAAAUGGUCCUGUUUUAUUCAAGCAACAUUGAAUGUAUAUGAUUGA